AUGAAUAUAGAUCAUAUAAAAUUUGCUCUUUAUCCUGUAGAAGAUUCUAUCUUUUUUUUUGAAAAAUCAACUAAUAUAGAAGAAUUAGAUGAUAAUAAAAUUAGUAAUAAAGGUGAUGAAGAUGAAGGUGAAGAAGUAUUGAUAACUAGUUUUGUUUGGGAUUUUUUUAUAACUGAUCAUGAUGCAGAAACAGAUAUUGUUUAUACAAUUUGUCAAAUAAAAGAUUGUAUACGCAAAUAUGUCCAUCAUGGUUCUACAACUAAUUGUAUAAAACAUCUUCGUGAUGAUCAUCAUAUUACUGAAGUUUCAUUAUCUUCAAAAACUCCAAAAGAAAUAAGCAAUCUAAAAUAA